AAACUGGUGCUGCUCAUCGAUAUAAAUGUAGAAGAUUUUUAUAAAAUUAUGUGCGAACGUGUUGUACGAUUGUGAAAUGAGCAAGUAAUCCUUGACGUGCUUAAUCGUUGAAUCUGCGAUAGCAUUAUUCGUGCGAUUCAACGUAUAAACGUUACCAAAUUGUAAUCUAAACUUUUCGAGAGUUCGAGAAUAAUCCGAUGGUUUUCUCGAUACAUCGAAAUGAUUGGUCGGCAUAAGUAGCUUCCUGCUCACUCAUAUCUUACACGAGGGAUGUUAAUAGGCAUUAUUGUACAUUUAUUGUAGAAUUUUUGUAAAAGACGAAAGUGCCGAACGAUCAAAUCACUUAAUAAGACUGAUAGUACCGGUGUCGGAUAGUGGGCGUGAAUUGUAACAAGUUAGCGUAAUGGCAUUAAACCCCCAAUAUGAAGUUAUCGGAAAGGGUUUCGUGCAACAGUAUUACGCACUGUUUGACGAUCCCGCACAAAGACCAAAUUUAAUAAACAUGUAUAAUACUGAGUCGUCCUUCAUGACGUUUGAAGGUUUGCAAAUACAGGGUGCUAUUAAAAUCAUGGAAAAAUUAACUAGUUUAUCGUUUCAAAAAAUUAAUCGGAUAAUUACUGCCAUUGAUUCGCAACCAAUGUUUGAUGGUGGUGUUCUCAUUAAUGUUUUAGGAAGGUUGCAGGCAGAUGAGGAUCCACCACAUGCCUUCUCACAAAUCUUUGUACUGAAGCCACUGGGGAACUCAUUCUUCUGUCAACACGACAUCUUUCGCCUUGGCAUUCACGACACUGCAUGAAGAAAAAUGUGUGCAGAUUUAUGAUUAAUGGCAGACAGUUAUCUGAGCCAUGGAAUCUCCAGAAAUUGGAAUAAGUGAGCUACUUUAUCAUUAAUAUCCUUUGUCAUCACAUAUUAUUCAUUCUUUCUAGAUAUUACAGUUUUUAUAUAAAAGAAUAUUCAUUUAUAUUUUGGCCACAGAAAGAAAGAAACGAAGCUUUAAAAAUAGACACAGUUUAACAAUUGCUUUGCUUUUCCGAGUUUCGUAAUUCACAGAUAUGCCUAUUGUUGAUAUUACAUUUUUAAAAUACUAUAUCAUGAUACAAUGGAAUAUGAUAUAUUAUAUAAUGUUUGAUUUUAAUGGUCGAUUAUUACGCUUCAAAUUGUAAUGUUACAUAUUUUACACCGCCAUGCUGUGUGUAUUUUUGUAAACAGAUAUUGGCCAUUAAAUACAACAUCUGGAAUUAAUGUACUGUUAGUCUCCAUUCUCCAAUGUGCAACAUUAAAAGAUUAUAACAUAAACGUAAGAGUAACGAACAUUGUUUCUUUAUUAUGUUUAUAAUAAAACUUUAUUAUACAAAUCUUUCAAGUGCAAAA